AUGAAGGAAAUCGCGACGCUACUGAUCGUAGCCGGCCUGGCCGUAGCUGGAAGCCAGGAGUACGGAGGAGGACAUGCCCUAUUCGUGAGAACGUCGUCCGCAGCUGCGCACUCGAGAGUCCAGCGAGCUGCUCCGCAGUCGGCCGCAGACGUGAUGGCGCAAAAUAUCCUAGAGUGGAUUCAAGGGAUCUACCGGCAGGGCGCACGUAAACCUCGUCAACAGUCGGAUCCACCCGGGUACUUGCCGCCGUAUACCACUCAAAGACCACCGGAAAGACCUCGACCCUUUCAAACGCCCUCCACCGGCCAACAACCAACCUACUCUUCUCCGACUCAGAACGAGGUGACCAAUUACCCUUUCCAGAGGCCGCCGUCAGGUUUCUCUUCGUCGGGUCAGUCGUCCACCGUUCAGCCACCGCCCUUCUCCACCCAGAGACAGACUUAUCUUCCGCCGAACCAACAGUCUCCCUACGGUCCGUCUUCCUACAAUCCCCCUCGACCAACACCUACGCCGUCUUACUCCACUCCCGGUUCUUCCACUUUCCCGCCGUACAGCUCCACGCCUCGACCACCCUCCACCACCUUGUCUUCUCAGCCUGGAUAUUCCACUUCUCUUAGUGGAAUCUCUACCAGCUAUGGUUCCACUCAAAGACCAAGUCCUACCUACGUUCCAUCCGCUUCAUCCGCUGCGGGAUAUCCUGCACCCGCUAGAUAUCCUAGCACCACCUACGGUUACCCCUCUGUAAAUCUUGGCCCUUCUUAUCCGACCGUCGAGACAGGAGUUAAUACGUACAACGAAAAUACUGCUGGUGGAUACCCCUCUUCAGCGGGCUAUCCUUCGUCCGUUCCUUCUCAAGAUACCACCGGAGGAUCCAGCGGAUCCGAAGCUGUUAUACCCUCUGGAACUGGUGGUUCUACCGGAGAAGGUAGCAGCGGUUCUGGAACUGUCACCGGAGAGGAAUCCGAGGAUGACCAAGAUUUCAAACACCCUCCGCAUAUCCAUGCUCUCGAUGUCGAGUGCAGCAAGACCAUGAUGACUAUUAACAUCGAGUUUAAUCGCGUCUUCGACGGAGUUAUUUACUCCAAGGGAUUCUACAUGAAUCCAGAAUGUAGAUACGUCGCGCAAAAUUCCGGGCAGACCAAGUACUCGUUCACAGUCAGCUUGGAUUCCUGCGGUACGCAAUUCAUCAACGAUUUCGCGGGCGAAGCUGGCCAAGCGUACUUGGAGAACGUGUUGGUUCUACAGAACGAGCCAGGUAUACAGGAAGUUUGGGACACGGUGCGUAGAGUCCGUUGUCUCUGGGAAGGUAACAUCAACAAGGCACUGUCGGUGAACUUUUCUGUAGACAUGUUGAAUCAAGAGAUAGUGACGUUCAGCGGUGAUACGGCAAUUGCCAAGUUAGACAUCCAAGUGGGAAGAGGACCGUUCGCCCCUGCCGCCGAUGGUCUCGUUAAAAUUGGAGAAAUUAUGACGCUAGUCGUAUCCGUCGAGGGCGACCCCGCCUUUGACCUUCAGGUGCGCGACUGUCUUGCUCGCGACGAAUCCUCGACCAACACGAUACAACUGACGGACGAAAGAGGAUGCAUAUUGAAACCGAAAUUGUUCGGAGCGUUCCAAAAAACGAACGACACCGGCAAUACGGGAGCAUCGAUUAUCGCUUACGCGUUCUUCCAAGCUUUCAAAUUCCCCGACGUGAUGGACCUGUUCGUCGAGUGCAACAUAGAAUUGUGCAAAACCGAUUGCGAACCGUGCCCAGAACCAAAUCAGCAAAUCGAGCCGCGUAGACGACGACGAUCGGUAACUUACACACCGUCGAACACGCCGCUCAAUGGUUCCGCGGUGCUGCUCGCUGAUCCUAUACGAGUGGCUCGUGGCUUCAGAGUAAUUAUGGUGGACGAUUUGAGCAAAGCUAGCAACCAAGUCUUGGAGCAGCUCGAGGAAACUGCCGUCGAACAAGUAGCUAGAACCACGGUGAACCUUUGUAUGACGUACAGUGGCUUUUACACAGCGAUCUCCUUCAUGUUCAGUACCGUUCUGAUAGCUACGAUCAGCGCGGUUGCACUUUACGUCAAACUGCAACGAGUGUACAGAUCGAAAGUCGUUAUUUCGUAG